GUGUCACUAUCCUUAAGAAGGACAUGAAGUUCACAUGGCCAGUUAAUUCCCCUGUGGCUAAGAGCAAGGGCAAGCUCAUGCCUAGCAUCCUCGGUCAUUGGACACAUGUAUACAUAGUGCUCAACCCCAUCACGGCAAUUACAGAUGGUACAGAUGUCCGUUGUAGAUUUGCCGAACCUCUUCCGAAGGAUAAUGAUGUUGCAUGUGAUAUAAUAAUAAUAUUUAAAGAAGAAUUUAAAGAUUACGAAAGAAUAAAUAAAGGCCACUCGUGUUAUCGAGCUGAAAAUGCUACGAGUAACUAUUGUUUUCUUCAUCCAAACUUGAUCCUUUCAGAAGAUUAUCUAAAAACUGCCGAAAUAGUCGAAUUUGAUAAUUGCGACGAUCGAAUCAGAGAAAGCUUUUGCCCAGGAGUAGCGAAUACUUGUAUAAGCAAACAACCAGGCUACAAGUGUUCUUGUAAUGAAGGCUUUAAAGCAAUAAAAACAUUUUACCUACAUAAUACUGAAUACGAGUUUUGUGAAGAUAUUGAUGAAUGCCUUGAUGCAAAUAAAUGUGGGAGUAAUUCGAACUGCAGUAAUACUGUUGGAAAUUUUACAUGUUCCUGUAGAGAUGGAUAUGUACGAAACAAGAAUAAAAAUGAAUUCGAAUGCGGAGAUAUUUGUGAACUAGAAAAACCAUGCAAAAAUGGGAAAUGUAACCGUUUAGAAAAUCGACAACAAUAUAAAUGCCAAUGUGACAGUGGAUUUACUGGAUUAAAUUGCGAUGAAGAAGAUAAAACGUUGAAAAAAGGAAAAGUUAAUACGAUUAUCACAGGAGCUGUCUUGGGUGGUAUUUUGUUUAUUGCUAUCAUUAUUAUUUUCGUACUUGAAAGAAAACUAAGAAAAAAGUCUAAAAAUGCUGAGGGUUUUGACACGCAAAUGGACAAUUACGAAAGAAGAUUUGGUGACAGCAGGCCUGUUUAUGAAAACAUACAUAAAGGAAGAAAACAGGGAUAUGAUAACCCAGCAAUGUGAUAUAUCACAAUGUGAUAAUAUUUUGUAAAUUAUCUUCAGCAAAUUGAUUUGAUGAUAUCUAUUACCAAGUGAAAUGAAUAUUUUUAAUAAUAUUUUUAUUUGUAAGAUGUUGCAGAAUGUAAAAUAUUCUGAA